AUGGGAAAUGGCACGGGGGUGACAGAGUUCAUCCUCGUGGGGCUCACCAAUGACCCCCACCUGCAGGCUCUGCUCUUCCUCGUCCUCUUCCUCACCUAUGCAUUAAGCGUCACUGGGAACCUGACCAUCGUCACCCUCACCUUGCUGGACUCCCGCCUACACACUCCCAUGUAUUUCUUCCUGCGCAGCUUCUCCUUGCUGGAGAUCGCCUUCACAUCCGCCUGCAUUCCCAGAUUCCUGGUCACCAUUGUCACUGGAGACAGAACCAUUUCUUUUUCCAACUGCUUCACUCAGCUGUUCUUCUUCAUCUUCUUGGGGGUGACGGAGUUCUUCCUCCUGGCCGCCAUGUCCUACGACCGCUAUGUUGCCAUCUGCCGGCCCCUGCACUACACGACUGUCAUGAGCAGGGGUGUAUGCUCCCUGCUGGUCCUCUGCUCUUUUCUCUCCAGUUAUCUGAUUGUGUUCCCACCAGUUGUGAUGAUUGCCCGGCUGGAUUACUGUGCCUCCAACGUCCUCAACCACUUCAUCUGCGAUUCUUCCCCAAUGAUGGGGCUUUCCUGCACAGACACCCGCUUUCUGGAGCUGAUGGGUUUCCUUUUAUCCUUGGGAACACUCCUCAUUACCUUGGUGCUAAUGUCUGCGUCCUACGCAGCCAUCAUCCGCGCCAUCCUAAAACUGCCCUCCGCCCAGCAGAGGAGAAAGGCCUUUUCCACCUGCUCCUCCCAUAUGGUCGUGGUCUCCAUCACAUAUGGCAGCUGCAUCUUCAUGUACAUCAAACCAUCUGCCAAGGACAGGGUGGAACUAAACAAGGGGGUGGCGGUUCUCAACACCUCCGUGGCUCCCAUGCUGAACCCUUUCAUCUAUACCUUGCGGAACGAGCAGGUCAAGCAAGCCUUCAGGGACCUUAUUCAACGAGUCGGAUUUUCCUCCAGGAAGUGA